AUGAGGCACCUGGGAAGCGUUAUAUGGUUGUUGUUUGGCGCUGUGGCUUGGGUGGGAUGGAGCGUGGGAUCGCCGGUGACGUUUGAGCUCCGAGCAGGCAAAGAGGAGUGCUACUACCUCCUGCUGGAGGGCGAGGCAUGCUCCGUGACGUACUACUUUGCGGUGCAGCAGGAUAUGCACCAUCUGUUUGAGGUGGACUACCGGAUCACGGGGCCGGAGGGGGUGGUGACGGAAGCACGGGCCAAGCAGGGCGAGUGGCAGUUUGAGGCCGGGGGCGGGGAGUACGCGUUCUGCCUGCGCGCGCACAGCGGUGGAGACCAGGUCGUGGACCUGGAACUGGUGGGCGAGUGCGGGGUGGGGCGUGGGGCGGCGGCGGAGCCGGGGUUUGCGGAGCGGCUGCGCGAUGCGCUGGACCAAAUCGAGCGGCGGCUGAAUAUCUUGCAGCAGCAGCUGCAGUACUACCACGGGCGCAACCUGCGUAGUCACGCGACGGUGCACGCGACGGUGCAGAAGAUGCCGGCGCUGUCGGUGUACUCGCUGGUACUGAUUGCGGGGCUGGCGUGGGCGCAGGUGGUGGUGGUGAAGAUACUGUUCGGGUGCUGGGCACGGUAG